CUCAUGGGUUAUGGAUGAGCACUUAUACACGUAUAUAUUAUUACGAUUCAUCAUCCCGAAUCAGUUGAUUCACAGUCACAUACGAAAUCACACAUCAUCCGAAAAUAAAGCGCAAAUUCUCAGAAGCCAACAUGAAGUACCUUGGUUUGAUUCUCGUGCUUGCAUUGGUCAUUGGCAUCAUUACAGCGAAAGCAGCGGACGAAGAUUUCAUCAUACAGUUGCAGAAACGGGGCUGCGUUCACCGUAACCAGGACUGCUCCAAGUCCCGCAAUAACUGCUGUCAUGGCAUGUUUUGCCAACAUCAGUUCAAGAGUACCUACAAGUGCAAGGAUAACGGUACACCACCAGUAAAGGUUAAAGGGCUCUCCGCUGUCAAGGGCUAAGGAACGAUUUGAAUGCACAGGGAAAAUAUUUGAAUAUCCAUCAUUGCUAUACACUAACUAAAAGAUCGGAUGUAGGCUAUUAAGAAAAAUUAUGGGAGGUAGACCUACAAAUUUGCGAAGAUUUUGAAGUGAAUUUUGACAGUCUUACAAUGAAUGUUACAUUGGACAUGUUGGAUAGACAACAUCCAGGCCCACAUAAAAUCAAAAAACGAUCAGUAUGGAUAUCCAUAUUUUCCCUGGGUAAACCAAAUAGGGGCCCUAUAGUAUACUCAUGGGUUGCCUCAAUCCUUUUCUCUUCUAUUUUGAUGUAUAACUUGACAUAAUGUUAGAAUAAAAUUGUCAAUAUAAUCACAA